CACACACUCCACGGCCCUCAGUCAGGUCAUCACUCAACACACACCACGGCUCUCAGUAAGGUCAUCACACUAACACGCCACACGGCCCUCAGUCAGGUCAUCACUCAACACACACCACGGCCCUCAGUCAGGUCAUCACUCAACACACACCACGGCCCUAAGUCAGGUCAUCACCCAAUACACAUCCACUUAAGAAAGACUAGAAUAAACAGGAAGGCUUCAGAUCUCCAAAAUAUUUUAUACAUACUUAUUGUAUUUUGGAGAAAAAAUCAUAUGGCAAAAAAAUAAAAAUUACAGAUGUCUUGGAAAAAUAUGCUUUGUAAAGGAGAUAUUAGACGGCAAAAAUUCUUUACUGACAUGAGGAGGCACCAGUGUUAGUAAAUAAUGAACUUAAUGAUUCAUGCCACAAGAAACACGAACUAGUUAUCACGAUAUGCUUCUCUUGAAGACACUUCGUAUUGAUUCUGAGUAUCGGAAUCUGAGCUACCAACUUCUUGUUGUAAGGGUGUCAGUCUGUCCCUCGCACCAAAAGCGUCUGGACACCUGCCAGCAGCAGCAGUCUCCCAAGAGCCCCAAAGAGUGUUCUUGUGGUCGUCAUGAUCACUUUCUCUGCAGACAGGAUGACUUCCUUCUUCGUCAUCUUGCUGAUACGGAGUCUCUGGAAUCCUGCAGGAGCCUUGUUGUUAGGUCGUGUCAAAAAUGACUCUUGUCCAACUUCGGGAUACGUGACCAAGACGCUCACUGUCAGUGACAAGCUGAUGUGUGCUGCAGCGUGUACAGCUGCUUGGACGUGUCAGGGCUGCUGUUACAGUGCCGUUGACCGACAGUGUCUCCUGUCCAACACUGUCAAGACCACCGUCCUCACAAACCUAGUCUCUGCCCCCGGCUACACCAUGUACUGGACAGACUACGGGGAAGGCUUUCAGCGUAUUGGCAGGAAAGCCUAUCGCCUCGUCACCAGUCACCUCUCCCACCACAAGGCCAGGCUGAACUGUGCCAACAUGGGCGCCUCGCUUGCUCUGCCUAGGAACAAGGAUGAGAUAGACGCCGUGAGAAGACUUUACAGCUCUGCAUCAGUCUGGAUCAUGGUCAGUGACGCUACCGUGGAGAACACCUGGGAGAACACUGACACAGGUGAGGAUCUCUCUUUCUUCAACUUCGCUUCGCGUCAACCCAACGGAGGCACCGCAGAGAAUUGUGUAUAUAUAAAAUUGAUUAAUGGACUGUGGCACGACUACAAUUGUGGAUAUGGACUUUGGUUCGUGUGCGAGGUGCCCGCCCCUUAGUAAUGUGGUGGACUCCCUAACACUGACUGCCUCCAUCUGUGUUCCUACUGUAUGUGACUCAGUGUAUCUGUUUCUCUUAGAACUGAUACUCAUUUGUCUCAGCAAGGCCAAGUGUGUCUCACAAAGAGUGUAUAUAAGGAACACCUGCGUCUAGAAUAAAGAACACACAAAAUAA